CAGAGUGAUGGUGUGUUUUGUGCAUGUUAUGUGUUGAUUACAGCUAGCGUGAAAACUUGUCUGAGUCCCUGAGAGAAGUUUUGGCAGUGUGCAGGUUUUCCAGCGUGCCCUGAUGAUGUUGCAUGUCUUGAAAUGGGGAGGGAGUCCGUUCUAAGAUUCGCAGUGGCUAUUAUUUAUUUAAGUAAGCUGAACUGAUAGACUCUUGAUAGAAGUUUUAAUUGAUAGAAGUUGGUUUGGCUAUAGAGUGACCUUUCAUGCAGGAGUGCAUGCUUUUAUAGUCGAUGCAAUAGUUUUCUGUGUUAUUUUCUGUCACGCAGAGAAAAAGCACGCAUGUUUGAUUCUUAUAGUUAAGAGUACUAGGUUGAAAAUCGUGUGAUUCUCGGCCGCCUGGUUUCGAUUCAUGGUGCAUAUUAGCAGAAGAAAGCUGCUCGAGAUCAAUAAGUUCACUUCACAUGACGAUGAGUCAACCAGCUCCGUUUCUCUGCUCCCCAGUUUUUUUUAACCUCAUCGGGGUUGAGAUUGAGUCAGACAAUAUUCCCCAUGUGCACUGUUGUGGUUGGACGAAUUUAUUUGCAGUUCUACGCACAUUCAGUACAUACUUGCUUACCUGGAUCACACUGAGUGAUUCCUAACCACAUGGUAGUUUAUGGAUAAGAUCAAAGUUGUUAAAACUACAAAAAAUGUAACGGAAGUGUAGGUGUGUCUACUGUCAGCAUGUUGGAAUCGGCCUGUCGGGACGGAUAUCUGACAGUCAGGUCGGAACCUCUAGAACCCAAGCACCUGCUUCCCAAGAGAGAGAAAACCUGCAGCGAACAGGAGACCAACUUGACCGUGGGCCAGUACGUGUUGUGUCGCUGGUCUGACGGCCUUUACUACCUGGGCAAGAUCCAGAGAGUGAGCACCUCAAAACAGAAUUGCUUUGUGACGUUUGAAGACAACUCCAAGUUCUGGGUGCUUUGGAAAGACAUACAGCAUGCUGGUGUCCCUGGGGAAGAACCCAAAUGCUCAGUGUGUUCUGACAUGUCUUUGGUUCCUGGUAAUGAAAUUCUUAUCUGUGGGAAGUGCGGAAUAGGCUAUCACCAGCUCUGCCACUUGCCCCCAGUGGAGAGCUCAGCUGACCUUUCUCCAUGGUUCUGCAGAAAGUGCAUUUUUGCUUUAGCUGUGAGAAAAGGGGGCGCUCUGAAAAAAGGGCCAAUUUCUAAAGCACUGCAGGCCAUGAAGCAGGUACUGCCCUAUAAUCCAGAGGAGCUGGAGUGGGACUCUAUGCAUCGUACGAACCAUCAGCAGUGCUACUGCUACUGCGGAGGACCCGGAGAGUGGUAUCUGAAAAUGCUGCAGUGCUUUCGCUGUGAGCAGUGGUUUCAUGAGGCGUGUACGCAGUGCCUACAAGAGUCCAUGAUGUUUGGAGAUAGGUUUUACUUGUUCAUUUGUGCGGUGUGCAAUAAAGGAGUGGAAUACAUCAAGCAGCUGGCGCUCCGAUGGGUGGAUGUUGUCCAUCUCACCCUUUACAACCUUGGAGUCCAAAGUAAGAAGAAAUACUUUGAACUGGAAGAAAUCCUGACCUUCAUCAGUAACAACUGGGACCAUUUCCAGAUGGGCAAGCUCUCCAACACCCCUCUGUCUGAACGGGGCCAGUAUAUUCUUGAUGCCCUCAACAACUAUAAAAGCAAGUUUCUUUGCGGCAAGGAGAUCAAAAAGAGGAAAUGCAUUUUCCGACUAAGGACAAGGGUCCCUCCUAACCCCCCAUCUAAGUUGUUUCCAGAGAAGGCCCAGAACAGUGAGGGCCACAGGGGCCGCAAAAAUGGGGUCAACAGAAACAGUAACUCUGUUCCUACAGAAAAGCGGAGGAAGAAGAGGUCCAAGUGGCUGCUAGAGGAUGCUAUUCCUAAUAAUGACCUCACCUCUACCUGGAGCACCAAUCAUCACAUGGCCAACAUAUUCGACUUCACGCUGGACGAGCUGCAGAGUUUGAAGAGCACCAGUUCAGGACAGACAUUCAGUAUGGACCAGGACUCCACCGAUGCAGCCAGUACUUCUGGUUCUGCCACCACCAGCGUCUCCUAUGACUUCAGGAAAAAUGUGGGCAGUCGGAAGAGGAAGUUGCCCUCCUCUAAUUACACUGCGCUGGCCACAAAACGAGAGAUGGUGGAGCGUGAGCUGAGCCCCAUCAGCAUGCCUGGAGAGGAGAGCAACGUCAUGUUGGAGAACAGCAUCGACAGCCACACCUUUGAGAGCAUCAGCGAGGACGAUUCCUCUCUGUCUCACCUCAAGUCUUCCAUCACCAGCUAUUUUGGGGCGGCCGGUCGACUCACCUGCGGGGAGAAGUAUCAGGUUCUGGCUCGUAGGAUCACACCUGAAGGCAAGGUGCAGUAUUUGGUGGAGUGGGAAGGAACUACACCUUACUGAAUAUCACAGAACAGAGGUGUGGAACAGGUGGUCUGCAAAGGAAGAUGACACCCCCCACCCCACCCCAUAGUUACUCUCUGUGUUGCUAUUCUGAAAGUCAUAGUUUCGGAGUUUUUCUUGUUUUCCACAAACCACAUAUAGUGUUUUUUUUUCUGAUUCUCUGGUCUUCUCUCAUGUGGGACAUUAAUGUGUUUUUUUGUGAAGUCAUUUGCAGUGUCCUUUUAGGGCACUUUAAACAUCACAAACAUUCAGUCUAGUAACAUAUACUAAUUUUACACAGUGUAACGUCAUUAUUAGGUAGCAGAUACAGGACAGUAUUAUACAACAUGAAGUCAUUUCAGUUUAGUUUUGGGAUUCAAACC